AUGGUAAUGUUUGAUGUUCGAGACGCAGCAAUAAACAGCUUAGUGGAGAUUUACAGACACGUGGGAGAACGUGUGAGGGCAGACCUCAGUAAAAAAGGAUUGCCGCAGUCCCGGUUGAAUGUAAUUUUUACAAAAUUUGAUGAAGUCCAAAAAUCUGGAAACAUGAUACAAUCAGCAAACGAUAAAAAUUUUGAUGAUGAAGAUUCUGUGGAUGGUAAUAGACCUUCCUCUGCUAGUUCUACAUCGUCCAAAGCUCCGCCCAGCUCACGGAGAAACGUUGGAAUGGGGACCACCCGCCGGCUUGGGUCAUCCACUCUCGGAUCCAAGUCUUCAGCUGCAAAAGAAGGAGCUGGUGCUGUUGAUGAAGAGGACUUUAUUAAAGCAUUUGAUGAUGUACCUGUAGUGCAGAUUUAUUCCAGCCGAGACCUUGAGGAAUCCAUAAACAAGAUUAGGGAAAUAUUAUCUGACGACAAGCAUGAUUGGGAGCAAAGAGUAAAUGCUCUAAAAAAGAUAAGAUCUUUACUUUUGGCUGGUGCUGCUGAGUAUGAUAACUUCUUUCAACAUUUGCGUCUUUUGGAUGGAGCCUUUAAACUAUCUGCUAAGGACCUGCGGUCUCAGGUAGUGCGGGAGGCUUGUAUCACGUUGGGGCAUCUGUCAUCAGUUCUGGGAAAUAAGUUUGACCAUGGAGCUGAAGCCAUUAUGCCAACUAUCUUUAAUUUAAUUCCAAAUAGUGCCAAAAUUAUGGCCACAUCCGGUGUUGUAGCUGUUAGGUUAAUCAUUCGGUUCUUUCUGAUCCCCCUGAAUCGGAAAGUCAGCAGUUUUCUCUUUAUUCAGGUUGGUGUUGGUAUGUUUCACAUCAUCAUGAUAAAAGUGGAACUUGAAAAAAACAUUGUGUUUAAUUACAGAAAUGUGAGCCAGUAUUCUGAUGAUUAUUACCUCAUAAUUUCCAUAGAAACUACUGCUGGCCAUGGAAAGGUAGAGACUUGUAGCCUUGUUCGUUGGGUUCCUCAAAGACAUAUAUCAGUAUUAGCCGAAACAAUAAAGAAGGGAAUACAUGAUGCGGAUUCCGAAGCAAGGAUAGAAGCCAGAAAGUGCUACUGGGGUUUUCACAGUCACUUCAGCAGAGAAGCAGAGCACUUGUACCACACCCUCGAGUCCUCCUACCAGAAGGCCCUGCAGUCCCACCUGAAGAACUCCGACAGCAUCGUGUCUCUGCCCCAGUCCGACCGCUCAUCCUCGAGCUCUCAGGAGAGUCUGAACCGGCCGCUCUCUGCCAAAAGAAGUCCUACUGGAAGCACCACCUCUAGAGCUUCUACAGUUAGUACCAAAUCCGUGUCAACGACCGGAUCGCUCCAGCGGUCGCGAAGCGAUAUUGACGUGAACGCAGCAGCCAGUGCCAAGUCCAAGGUGUCCUCGGCCUCGGGAGCUACGCCUUUCAGCUCAGCAGCAGCCUUGCCUCCUGGGUCAUACGCAUCCUUAGAUGGUACUUCCACUAAAGCAGAGGGUCGGAUCCGCACGAGACGGCAGAGCUCCGGGAGCGCCACCAGUGUGGCCACCACACCUGACAGUCGAGGCCGCAGCCGCGCCAAAGUGGUUUCACAGUCCCAGCGAUCCAGAUCUGCUAAUCCUGCUGGUGCCGGCAGCCGGUCAAGUUCCCCAGGGAAAUUGUUGGGAAGUGGUUAUGGUGGCCUUGCUGGGGGUUCCUCAAGAGGCCCACCUGUGACCCCCUCUUCAGAAAAACGAAGCAAGAUUCCCAGGAGUCAGGGAUGUAGCCGAGAAACAAGUCCAAACCGAAUAGGAUUAGACCGGUUUGGGCUUGGCCAGGCAGGAAGAAUACCUGGCUCUGUGAAUGCCAUGCGAGUUUUGAGCACAAGUACAGACCUUGAAGCUGCUGUUGCCGAUGCUUUGCUGUUAGGAGACUCCAGGAGCAAGAAGAAGCCUGUGAGGAGGAGGUACGAGCCGUAUGGGAUGUAUUCGGAUGAUGACGCCAAUAGCGAUGCCUCGAGUGUUUGCUCUGAGCGCUCGUACGGCUCCAGGAAUGGUGGCAUUCCCCAUUAUCUGCGCCAGACUGAGGACGUAGCAGAAGUUCUCAACCACUGUGCCAGUUCCAACUGGUCAGAAAGGAAAGAAGGGCUUCUAGGCCUGCAGAACUUACUGAAGAGCCAAAGAACACUGAGUCGAGUAGAAUUGAAAAGAUUGUGUGAGAUCUUCACCCGAAUGUUUGCUGACCCUCACAGCAAGAGAGUUUUCAGUAUGUUUUUGGAGACUCUUGUGGAUUUUAUAAUAAUUCAUAAGGAUGACUUGCAAGACUGGCUUUUUGUUCUUCUCACACAAUUACUUAAGAAAAUGGGAGCAGAUUUACUUGGAUCUGUGCAAGCAAAAGUUCAGAAGGCUCUAGAUGUCACCAGGGACUCCUUUCCAUUUGAUCAACAGUUUAACAUUUUGAUGAGAUUUAUUGUGGAUCAAACUCAAACUCCUAACCUCAAGGUCAAAGUUGCAAUCCUGAAGUACAUUGAGUCCCUUGCUCGGCAGAUGGAUCCAACAGAUUUUGUAAACUCUAGUGAGACGAGGCUUGCUGUUUCUAGAAUUAUAACCUGGACGACAGAACCAAAGAGUUCAGACGUGAGAAAGGCAGCACAAAUUGUGCUGAUCUCUCUGUUUGAAUUGAACACUCCUGAAUUUACCAUGUUACUUGGUGCCUUGCCAAAAACAUUCCAGGAUGGUGCCACCAAACUCCUGCAUAACCACCUCAAGAAUGCCAGUAACACCAGUGUGGGCUCUCCGAGCAAUACAAUUGGCCGGACUCCCUCCCGACACACCAGCAGCAGGACCAGCCCCCUGACCUCCCCCACCAACUGUUCCCAUGGGGGCCUAUCUCCCAGCAUGCUGGAGUAUGAUACAGAGAACCUGAACUCUGAAGAAAUUUAUAGUUCUCUGCGUGGAGUUACGGAAGCCAUUGAAAAGUUUAGUUUUCGAAGCCAAGAGGAUCUGAAUGAGCCAAUUAAACGGGAUGGCAAGAAGGACUGUGAUAUUGUGUCCCGCGAUGGUGGAGUUGCCUCGCCUGCCACUGAGGGCCGGGGAGGCAGUGAUGUGGUGGAAGGAGGCAGAACAGCUCUGGAUAACAAGACGUCCCUCCUCAACACCCAGCCUCCACGCGCCUUCCCAGGGCCGCGGGUGCGAGACUACAAUCCGUACCCCUACUCCGACACCAUCAACACCUAUGACAAGACCGCCCUGAAGGAGGCCGUGUUUGAUGAUGACAUGGAGCAGCUUCGAGACGUACCCAUUGACCAUUCUGACUUGGUGGCUGACCUUCUGAAAGAGCUGUCCAACCACAACGAGCGGGUGGAGGAACGGAAAGGUGCCCUGCUGGAGCUGCUCAAGAUCACCCGGGAAGACAGCCUGGGCGUCUGGGAGGAACACUUCAAGACCAUUCUGCUCCUGCUGCUGGAGACGCUCGGGGACAAAGAUCAUUCCAUCCGAGCACUAGCAUUGAGAGUUUUACGGGAAAUUCUGAGAAACCAGCCAGCAAGAUUUAAAAACUACGCCGAGCUGACCAUCAUGAAGACUCUGGAAGCCCAUAAAGAUUCCCAUAAGGAGGUAGUGCGUGCGGCCGAGGAGGCGGCGUCCACGCUGGCCAGCUCCAUCCACCCAGAGCAGUGCAUCAAAGUCCUCUGUCCCAUCAUCCAGACGGCCGACUACCCCAUCAACCUCGCCGCCAUCAAGAUGCAGACCAAAGUCGUCGAGAGGAUUGCCAAGGAGUCCUUGUUGCAGCUCCUCGCCGACAUCAUCCCGGGCUUGCUACAGACUCUGGAAGAGAAGAGAUGUUUUAUGGUGCUGCGGCACGAUCCCGAGGGUGUUUCAGCGUGCCAUGGGACCCGGUACAGCCGCGCAGGCGGCUCUAGAUGGGGCCACCACGCGCCGUUACUGUAG